AUGUGUGCUCUUUUAUCUCUUCAGGGACUUGUUCCUGCUCUAGCGCAUAAAGAUUGGGGCUGUUAUGAGUCGACCGUACUCAUGGAAUAUGUAGACGACAUUUCUGAGAAGAAGUUGUUACCCGAAGACCCAAAGCAGAAAGCGUAUAGCAGACUCUGGGCGGACCAUAUAUCUCGAAACAUUGUGCCAACUUUUUAUCGGUACCUGCAAGCUCAAGAAGUCGAAAAGCAAGCCGAGUAUGGGAAAGAGUUUGAGAAACAGGUGAACACUCUUCUGGAGGCAGCAGACCCCCAGGGACCGUUUUUCGCUGGAACCAAAUUAUCAUUUGUGGACGUUAUGGUAGCCCCAUGGAUUCUGCGCUGCCCUAGAGUCCUGCAGCCAUACCGAGGUUGGCAACCGCCAUCAGAAGAUAGCAGAUUUGGUCGUUACAUAUCUGCACUGGAGAGUGAGAGGAGUGUUAAAGCCACCACGUCUGAUGAGGAGUUAUAUCUCGAUUCGGAUCGAGAAUAUAAGGUUCAUCUAACCCUUCCGGAACAGAGAACCGACCUAACACUAGCCAAGUGGCAAAAGCUAUCAACGAGGGUCGAGGAUUGCCUUGAGAAGGGUCUUCCGGAGAAGUUGAAUCUUAAGAAUGCUUGA